GAGACCAGUGACUAUCUUCUGACGAACAGAGUACUGGAAAAGUAUUAUCUCUCCACCAUGUACAGCCUUGAGUUCAUUAUAGGUGUCAUUGGGAACACCAUUGUGGUGUUCGGUUACGUUUUCUGCCUGAAAAAAUGGAAAAGCGGCAACAUCUACCUGUUCAAUUUAUCCAUAUCAGAUUUGCUGUUUCUGUGCACCCUGCCAAUACUGGUGAACAGCUACUCCAAAGAUCAGUGGGCAAAGGAGAGCAUCCUGUGCCACAGCAACAGAUUCCUGCUGCAUGCCAACCUGUACAGCAGCAUCCUCUUCCUCACCGUUAUCAGCGUUGACCGGUACAUGCUCAUGAGACACCCCUUCAGGGACCACAUCCUACAGAAGAGGAGAACAGCUGUUAUGGUGUCCGUUGCCAUAUGGAUUGGGGUGAUCCUGGAGCUGCUGCCACUGCUGUAUUUCCUGGAGCCUCUAACAGCUGCCAAUAACUACAAGUGCCUUGAUUACGCGAGCUCCGGAGACCCCGAGGCAAACCUCGCCUACAGCAUGUUCCUGACUGUCUUUGGCUUCCUCAUCCCUCUCCUGACCAUGUGCUGCUUCUACGUGAAGAUGGUUCGUUUCCUCCAAAACAGGAGCGAGCAGAUCCGCUCUGCCCUGACCCUGGAGAAGCCCCUGGCGCUGGUGAUCCUCACCGUGGUGAUCUUCUCCCUGCUCUUCACUCCCUACCACGUCAUGCGCAACGUCCGGAUCGCGUCCCGAAUACCGGCCUUGAACGUCUCUGAGUGCACGCGGGGCAUCAUCAGCACCAUCUACAUCAUCACCAGGCCCUUUGCCUUCCUCAAUAGUGCCAUCAACCCCGUGUUUUAUUUCCUGAUGGGUGACCACUUCAGAGAGAUGCUGAUGGCCAAAACAAGGCAGCUCCUGGGCAGGCUGGCAACCACUGGGAAGUGAAGGAGUAAGCAGACCCCUUGUAGUGGGAGAGGUCUGGGAGGAAACUCUCUCAGGGAGAGCAUUCAGCAAUGUGCCAUUUUUUUAGAUAACUUUAUUUAUGCAAUAGAAUAGGUAUGAGCUGAUUGUGUUCCUCUAAAUGCACCUGUUACCUUACUGUACAGGAGACUUGUGCUGAGCUGCCUCCAGCAGCAAGGAGGGCUGCUCUGCUGGCUCCCAGCAGGACAGCAGUGGGAUACCCUACAGCCUGUUAAUACUGUCAUCA